UAUAUGUUUGUCUAUAUUUAAAUGUGUGCAUUUGUGUAGGGAGAGUAAAAGAAUGACUAAGUCAGAGAGUGAGAGCAAGAGAAUCAGAGGGAGAGGAAACAAAUAGAGAGACAGAGAGAUAUGGCCAAUCAGGAUAUUUACCUGAUGGAAGCAAAUAGAAGAUAUCACAUGACAUGUCAAAAAUAUAAUGAAAAAGAAAAACAAAAAAAAAACAAGGAAAUUAUCUCCCAAAGUACUGAGAAAACCACUAAUUUUAAAAUUUAUCAUCCAGGAAUGUUUUACUUGUAGAGAUUGCUAAAGUGUUUCCUUCUUCAACUGAAAUCAUAUGUUUUCCCCUUUGUGUGAAGCCUUGAACUUCAGAAAAAAAAGUUUGUCUUCUCUGUAAAUAUAAAUGUGUGAAAGAAGAUAAGCAGGAAGUGUUGCAUGUUGAUUUUGGCUGUGGUUAAGAAGCUCUCUUUAGAAACACAUGAUUUUGGAUUCAGUACUGCUGUGUGGUUCCUAGGCGAAGUGGAACACACUCAAUGGAUGUUUGAAAUAAAAUGGACAAACCUUUAACUCAGGAACUAUUUUGGCUCUCAAUCUUUCUGGCCACCACGGGUACCAUUGUGUCUAUACACUUCUUGGCUUUCAAUAUCUUUUAUAGAAAACACAGAUUAAUCAAAAUGUCAAGCCCACAUCUGAAUGCAGUGACUUGCACUGGAAGUAUGCUAUCAAAUAGCUGUUGUCUCAUUUAUGGUCUCCAAGUCUAUACUCAAUAUCACAGCUUUGCAGCAACAUUGCUAUGCCAGAUACGUGCUUGGUUUCUGGUUUGUUCUUUUACACUGAUUUUGGUGCCAAUUUUGGCGAAAUGUUGGCGUGUCAACCAAAUCUUCAAGAAAGCAGCUUUCAAGAGGGUGGUUAUUAAAGAUUUGCGGUUGUUUAUAUUCAUUGGAGCAAAUCUAUCAGUAGACAUGAUUUUUAUGACGUUCUGGCAAGCUCUGGAUCCAUUAAAGCAUCGAUUUAUUCCAAUAAUUACCAAAGAAAACUUAACAUCCAGAUCUAACAUGAAUGCAUCCAGCGUCAUCAAUGUACCCAGAUGUUGUUGUGAGUUCGAAUACAUAUGGAUGUCAUUAUUGUUUAUCUAUAAAGGAAGCGUUUUGUCAUUCGGCUUAUAUGUAGCUUGGCAAAUUCGUAACAUUACUUUACCUUCAAUGGACGAUGCUAAACCUAUGAUACUGAUAAUUCUGACGGUCUUCAUCUUGUGCAGCAGUAGCAUUGCUCUUUGGCACCUGUUUCGAGAAAAGCCUGUUGUGGUGAAUUCUGGUCUUACAGUCAUAAUUUGGCUAUUUGCUUUAUUUACUCAAUCUGCUAUAUUCAUACCUAAGAUUUUAUUGUGGAGAAAAAAUAAAAGCGACAAAUUAGACUCCCCAGCUGCUGUUACCGCUGUUAAGCGUUUAACAUAUUGCAAAAGAGAACCUAAUUAUGAAGAACUGUGUCAUUUAGUUGUAGAAAACUCGGCCCUGAAAAGAUCCAUGCAAGCAAAAGAACUUCUGAUUCACAGUUUGCAGCAACAUUUAGCAACAGCGACUGGAAAACUGAUGCAGAUUUCCUCUGAAGACGGUGGCAAACAUUCCGGUGAAAUUGAUAGUUCUUCCUCAAUAAGAUGUUGUCAUGAUAAAAUAAGUGGCAAUAUUCCAACAGAGGAAGGGACUGAAUCAGCAGAAAACUUGAACGAAUACAACAAAGAGCUCCCUAGAGGUAUGUUGGAUAUAUUCAUACGUCAACCUUCAGUUGGAGAUAUUACAGACAAGUGGACGAAGGAAGAACAAUGUCAAGACACAAACUUUAGAAAUGGACAAGCUUCUUAUAAAGUAUCGCCAGUGAGCAAAAAGUUGUCAUACUUGCGAGAUUCUAUUGCGAAUGAUCUCACACAAGCUCACGAUUUAAGUUCUACCCUGAAGGAUUCCAUCUCAAAAGACCUGAAUAUAUCUCAUACGGAAAACUCAUGGGUACAAGACUCUAUUCCUUUCCAAAAGAACGAUAUUGCUGGGUCAAUAACCCAAUCAUAUGACCUCUCUGAUGAUUCUGAUACGUAUUCUUACGUCAGUAGUUAUAUACCCACAUGGACACCUACUUUAACAUUUAACCAACAAAAACAUUACGUGAAAAAAGACUGUGCUACAUCACCAGAAAAUAUUAUUACUCUUGCAAAUGAUAAAUUAUACCCUGCUGUAAAUAGUAAAAUUCCUAGACACAGAACGAAACGAAAGAAGCAAUGUAAGACAAGCAAAAAAGAUAAGCAAAAAACUGUAUAUACUAUUCAAGCAUCGCAAAGUCCGUCAAAAUACUUUGACGAAAGUAAAGAUACACUUGAAGAAAUGAAUAACCACGACAUAAUGGUGUAGUUAAACCAGAAUUAUAAGUCAAAUACAUUGCCUGCUGUAUUUAUCAUAUAUGACUGUGUCUGUGUGAGUCUCAGUUUUUGAUUAAUUAUUUACCUUUCCCCCCAUAAAAAUGGAGUGAGUUUCUAACAAAGAAAUAAAUCUCCAUUACUGGAAUUGAAAUAAAACAUGGGUAAAGAGCUACAUGUUAAAUCUUUUAAACAGUCUUGCAUAUCUUUAUUGUUCUACUUACUGCUUGUAUACAUUAAGUGUGUUACGUGCGUGUCAGCUGGACAUUUUCUUUUUCUGAAAAUACCAGCUUUUGCAGAUUAUCACGUAGAGGUUUAGUAACACAAGCAAGAGUAUCCAUUACUGUGAGUACAAAUACAACUUGUAAUUUGGA